GUAGGUGUAAUGAUACCAAGAAGCACAGAAAAACUGCUGCUCAAGUGUCCUUUAAUCACCACACGACAUGUUUCGAGCUUAAAGGCUCUUUUUCAAGUGUAACAAGCAAUCACAGUGAUACAGAAUUUAAAUACAACACACUCCUCCCACCAACAACAUGAUUGGUUUGUGGCCAUUGCUAAGAGGUUUUGUAGCCUGGUCACGCCCACCAUUAUCAAACAACUAGAAAAGGCUGUGUGUGAACACCAAGAAAGUUCAGGAUCCACAGUGUUAUAAUUUACAUUGAAUGUUCAUUUGUGUCAAGGAAAGUCCAAUAUAAAAGUCCAGAAAACGUCACUUGACCUCUGCACUGCCAAAGAGCAGCCGGAGAUCACAUGACGCAAACAGUGGGGCCAGAGACAGACAGAUCAGAGAAUUAAAGAGGCAAAGCGCAUGGAUUGACAAAGAGAAGAAGCAAAUGAAUUUGCUGCAUAGGGAAUAGCAGCAGCAAAUCCGUAGGGAAAUACAAGGUCCAUUUAUUCAGCUGGACGAGUGAGAGCUAAAGAAUGAGCCUGAAAGGGGUAUCGCUGCCCAGCACUCCUAUUGUCUCACUGCAAAAUUUCAGUUCCGCUAAAAGAAGAUGCCCAAUUACACCUUUUUGCCUUCCCGCGGUGUCCACUGCAGAAGCACCACCAACUGCCAGUAUGCGUUGCGUUUCUUCUCAGUUCCUCCCUCGGCUGAACCCCUUGCACCCCCCUGGAGUUAAGAGGAGAACCGUAAGCUUGGAAACAGUGGCAGCACAUCACCACAACCAACAGCGCUCUCUAACAAUGCAGCAAAGAGAGUACAGCAGGUAUCACCAGGGUUGGAGGCGGCCAUUUUAUGGCACAGCAACAGAAAAGGAAGAAUACAGAAAAGAUAUCCGGCAGCUGCUAAAAAAGCAAAUGAGUGAGAAAUGGGCCCUUCAGCGGGAGAUGCUGAGCAGCCAGAGCAAAGAGCUGGAGACCCUGAUGGAGGUGGACCGCACGGCCCUGAUGCAAGACAUUGAGCAGCAGAGGACACAAGCCUCGUUCCUGACAAAAUACAGGGAUGAGAAUAAGAGGUUAAUGGAGACAAAAUGGCAAGAAAACCGCUUGACUCGAUCUCAGGAGACCCUGAGGGAACGUGAGCUGCUACAUUUCAACCCCAUUAACUGGAGCGGGACAUUAAAGUGAUGCAAAUGUUUACACAGUCAGAAAUGGCCGACAAUCAGCAAACAGCCAUGUUGUUGUUAUUAUUAGUCUCUAGGUAUGAUACGGACACAAUAAACGGUGCUACAAUUCA